AAAUCGUAAACAAAAACUUUCGCGGGUCGGUUUAGAAGAUUACAAAAAACUUGAUUUUAAAAUUAUUGUAUUCGGUGUUAUGGCUUCGGUUGUGUUACGGAAGGAGCGCUAUCAUUCCCUCAACGAUCUGGUUGGGCUGGCUCAGUGUUUGGUUGGCCAGAACAUCCUGAUAGAUUUGCGCCAUGAAGCUUCGGUUGCCGGCAAAAUUGCCAGUGUUGAUGGUUUUAUGAACAUUGCAAUGGAAAAUGUUGUUUACAUUGAUCAACUCGGGAAGCAAUUUCCGAUGGAAGAAUUUAUGAUCUAUCCUCGAUACAUUCGCUACAUCCACGUACCUGAAUCGGUUGAAGUAAAACACCGAGCUCAACUCCGAGAAAAUCGAUCAAAUUUAGAACAGCUUGUUACCAAGGUGUAA